GUUAUAUUCAGUUGGAGGUCGGGAUGGAAGUUCGUGUUUGAGUUCCAUGGAAUAUUACGACCCUCACACAAAUAAAUGGAAUAUGUGUGCUCCUAUGUGUAAGAGAAGAGGAGGUGUAGGAGUGGCUACCUGUGAUGGCUUUCUUUAUGCAGUUGGAGGCCAUGAUGCUCCUGCUUCUAACCAUUGUUCCAGACUUCUGGACUAUGUAGAAAGGUAUGAUCCAAAAACUGAUACAUGGACAAUGGUGGCCCCACUCAGUAUGCCUAGAGAUGCUGUUGGUGUCUGUCUCCUUGGUGACAAAUUAUAUGCAGUAGGUGGCUAUGAUGGUCAAACAUACCUGAACACUAUGGAAGCAUAUGACCCUCAGACUAAUGAAUGGACACAGAUGGCUUCCCUAAAUAUUGGAAGAGCUGGUGCCUGUGUUGUAGUCAUCAAACAACCAUGA